GAGGGAACUACCAAAAUGGCGUCCUACGGCGGGCCGGAGGGGCCAAAGGAGUGGCCUGCCUUUCUCGCUCGCACGCGGAGUAGUGCUGAGUUGGUCCGGACGCCGGCGCCGCGCUCGCCUUCUUCCCUCAGCUUUUCUCUCGCUGUCAAAAUGGAGGCCAACAACGGCGGCAGCGGCAGCAGCAGCGACUCGGCGCCGGACUGUUGGGACCAGGCGGAGGUGGAGCCCCGCGGAGGCGGCGGCGGAGGAGGAGGAGGAGCGGGGGAUGCUGUGGCCGCCGCCGGCGCCAGUGAAGGCCUCACGCCCGGCCCCGGCGCCGCGGAGGGGGAAGCGGGCGGAGAGGCCCACCCCGCGGCCCAGCUCGACGCCGACGACCCGGAGCGGCUGGGCGCGGCCUUCAGCCGGCUCCUCAACGUCAACGCCAAGCCCUUCGUGCCCAACGUCCACGCCGCCGAGUUCGUGCCGGCCUUCCUCAGGGGAGGAGGAGCUGGGCCUCCCUCGCCGCCGCCGCCGCCGCACGGGGCUUCUGCAGAAUCUUCACAAGAGGAGCAGCGAUCGUCUUGUGAAGGCUCAAAUGUGGCAGACAGUAUGGAGGUCUCGGAACAAGUUGUAGAAAACGGAGAAACGGAAAUGUCCCCUGAAGAAUCAUGGGACCACAAAGAAGAGGCCGUUGAGGCGGAUUUAGCGUGUGGCGGUGCAGGGCCCAUGGACGAAGGGAUCCCCGAAAUGAUGGAAGAAGAGGAGGAGAUCCCCACUCCGAAGUCGCUGGUGGCACCCCCGGGGGCUCCCAAAAAGGAGCACGUCAACGUCGUGUUCAUCGGACACGUAGAUGCUGGCAAAUCAACAAUUGGAGGACAAAUAAUGUACUUGACUGGCAUGGUUGAUAAACGAACACUGGAAAAAUAUGAGAGAGAAGCUAAAGAAAAAAACAGAGAAACUUGGUAUCUCUCGUGGGCCUUAGACACAAAUCAGGAAGAACGGGACAAAGGUAAAACGGUGGAAGUGGGCCGAGCCUAUUUUGAAACGGAGAAGAAACACUUCACUAUUUUGGAUGCUCCAGGUCACAAGAGUUUCGUCCCAAAUAUGAUUGGUGGAGCUUCUCAAGCUGAUCUAGCCGUGUUGGUGAUAUCUGCGAGAAAAGGAGAAUUUGAAACUGGCUUCGAGAAAGGAGGGCAAACCAGAGAGCACGCCAUGUUAGCCAAAACAGCAGGAGUCAAACAUUUAAUAGUCCUUAUUAAUAAAAUGGAUGACCCGACUGUGAACUGGAGCAACGAAAGAUACGAAGAGUGCAAAGAGAAACUUGUGCCAUUUUUGAAAAAAGUGGGCUUCAACCCCAAGAAGGACAUCCACUUCAUGCCCUGCUCAGGGCUAACCGGAGCAAACCUAAAGGAGCAGUCCGACUUCUGUCCUUGGUAUACUGGACUCCCCUUUAUUCCCUAUCUGGAUAACUUGCCAAACUUCAACAGAUCUGUUGAUGGACCAAUAAGGCUGCCAAUUGUGGAUAAAUAUAAGGACAUGGGCACGGUGGUUCUGGGAAAGCUGGAAUCGGGCUCUAUUUGCAAAGGACAGCAAUUGGUGAUGAUGCCAAACAAGCACAAUGUGGAAGUCCUUGGGAUCCUUUCUGACGAUGUCGAAACGGAUGCUGUCGCUCCCGGUGAGAACCUGAAGAUCCGACUGAAAGGAAUUGAAGAAGAGGAGAUCCUCCCGGGAUUUAUACUCUGCGAUAUUAAUAACCUGUGUCAUUCGGGACGCACCUUUGACGCUCAGAUCGUGAUAAUUGAACACAAAUCCAUCAUCUGUCCAGGUUACAAUGCGGUGCUGCAUAUCCAUACAUGUAUCGAAGAAGUUGAGAUCACAGCCUUAAUCUGUUUGGUAGACAAAAAAUCGGGAGAGAAGAGCAAAACCCGGCCCCGUUUUGUCAAACAAGACCAGGUCUGCAUUGCGCGCCUAAGAACGGCCGGAACGAUCUGCCUUGAAACAUUUAAAGACUUCCCGCAAAUGGGUCGCUUCACCUUAAGAGACGAGGGUAAGACCAUUGCAAUUGGGAAAGUUCUGAAAUUGGUUCCCGAGAAGGACUAAGCGUUGUUUGGACAAAGCCUGCUCCGAUACUGUGAGGAAAAACAAAACAAAAUGACUCUGCAGAAGCCUACUUCACGUCGCCUUCUUAUUUUCUCCACAUUUAUAACCUCCUCCCUUAUGUUUUUGCAAAGAUUAAACUUUUCAUAGCAAAGGUCCACAUUUGCGUCAGCUUUCUCAUAUUGAGAGCUCUGCUAUGCCACGAUUGAGUCCUCCCCGUCCCCUCCCUCGAACCCGUUUCCCUGGAAAGAUUUGGCAAUAGCUUUAUAAGAGAUGUGGACAUAUUUGCCUAGAAUUAUGAAGAAAAAAAAAUACCAAUAGAAUUUACGUUUAAUUCUCCUCCCCCCGCCUAUCGAAAAGAUUUUUCAAGACAGAUCAUUCAGUGUGUGAGUGUGCGUGCACAUGUUAUAAAAGACAAUUACCUUGUUAAUAAACUAUUCAAAUUUCAAAUGUUUUUGGUAUCUUAAUUGCUGUUGAAUUAAUUUUUUUUCUUAUCCAGAUGUAACAGCUGUUUGGAUUAGCUUUUAAGCUUGCCAAGUAAUCCGAAUACUCCAUUCCUUUAAGACUUUUUCUAAAAUUCUCUACUUUGCUGUCUCGUCAGGCAAGUUUUAAAUAAAGCAAUUAGAUCGCUGACAAAAAUGUGUACUCGAUAAACUCUCUUCUUCCAUUUUCUAACAUUGGUUUGGAAAAAAAUCUUAAUAUGCUCAUGCAAAUAUGGUACUAUUUAAUUAGUGUUUGUUUGUUUUCUCUCUCUGUCUUUGCAUAUAUAUAUAAACACACACACACACACAUAUAUAUGUAUACAGUAGAGUCUCACUUAUCCAACAUAAACGUUGGAUAAGGGAAUAUGUUGGAUAAUAAGGAGAGAUUAAGGAAAAGCCUAUUAAACAUCAAAUUAGGUAAUGAUUUUACAAAUUAAGUCCCAAAACAUCAUGCUGUACAACAAAUUUGACAGAAAAAGUAGUUCAAUAUGCAGUAAUGCUAUGUAGUAAUUACUGUAUUUACAAAUUUAGCACCAAAAUAUCAUGUUUUGAAAACAUUGACUACAAAAAUGCGUUGGAUAAUCCAGAACGUUGGAUAAGUGAGAUUCUACUGUAUGUAUAUGUGUGUACGUGUGUAUAUAUGUGUGUGUGUGUGUGUGUGUGUGUUGUCAAAGACUUUCAUGGCCAGAAUCACUGGGUUGCUGUGAGUUUUCCGGGCUGUUUGGCCGUGUUCCAGAAGCAUUCUCUCCUGACGUUUUGCCCACCUCUGUGGCAGGCAUCCUCCGAGGUUGUGAGGUCUGUUGGAAACUAGGCAAGUGGGGUUUAUAUACCUGUGGAAUAAUGUCCAGGGUGGGAGAAAGAAAGAACUCUUGUUUGUUGGAGGCAAGUGUGAAUGUUGCUAUUGACAACCUUGGUUAGCACUGAAUAGCCUUUCAGCUUCAAAUCCUGGCUGCUUCCUGCCUGGGGGGGGGAUCCUUUCUUAAGUAAAUAAAGAGCAACACUCAGAAAACGGGAAUUCGAGACAGGAAACAAUCGGGGCCGGGUAAGACCUCCCAACAAAGGAUUCCCCACCCACCCAGGCAGGAAGCAGCCAGGCUUUGGAGCUGUAAGGCUAUUCAAUGCUAAUCAAUCUGGCCAAUGGCAACAUUCACACUGGACUCCCAACAUACAAGAGUUCUUUCUCCCAACCGGGAUUUUUCAGAGAUAUAUCAACCCCACUUGCCUCGUUUCCAACAGACCUCACAACCUCUGAGGAUGCCUACCAUAGAUGUGGGUGAAACAUCAGGAGAGAAUGCUUCAGGAUAUGGCCAUACUGCUUCAUCAUAUAUAUAUAUAUAUGAUUAAGGCCAACAAACUUACUAGGACUGUUAUGUGGCAACUUGUGCAAUAAUACUGGAAUACAAUAUUCAGUCUCAACUGGGCUUCAAUUAUCAGUUGAUGAUCAAAGUUACUUUUUUGUUCUGCCUUUAAUUUGAAAAACUGGAUAAUCUGUGUUUGUUUUCCUUUAAGAGAUUUGAAUUGAGCCCAAGAUUUGAAUUGAGCAGAAACUUGAUGCAGUUUUACUGGAUUGAUGCAGUUUAGUCGUAAAAGUUUGCUCGUUGCAAUUCAGACGAAGACAUCUGAACUAAAGGAAAGGAAAGCAAAAGUGUGUUGAAGGCUUUCAUGUCUGGCAUCACUGGGUUGCUGUGAGUUUUCUGGGCUGUCUGGCCAUGUUCCAGAAGCAUUCUCUCCUGACAUUUCAAACCACAUCUAUGGCAGGCAUCCUCAGAGGAUGUGUGGGUUUGUAACACCUCCCAACAAAGGAUGCCCCCAAGCAGAAAGCAGCCAGGCUUUGAAGCUGCAAGGCCAUUUAAUACUAAUGAAGCCGACCACUUGCAACCAUUCACACUUGCCUCCCAACAGACAACAGUUCUUUCUCCCACCUUGAUAAUAAUAUUAUGAUGUAAUACCAUGUAAUAAUAAUAAUAAUACACUAUUAUAAUUGUAUAUUUAUAUUACAUGUAAUAUUACUAAUAAUAUUGCAAUAUAGUCGUAUAGUACAAUAUCUAUAUAUAUAUAUAAAAGGGUAAUGGGAUCACGGCACCGGACAAAACAACUAAACUGAACGCCCCACAACCUCGAAAAUUGACAGCACAACCUCUCAUCCAUGCCUCUAGGUUCAUACAACAAAAAGAAAAGUAAAAUUAAGUCCUAGCCACAGCAACGCGUGGCCGGGCACAGCUAGUUUUAUAUAUAUAUAUAUAUAAACCCCACUUGCCUAGUUUCCAACACCUCACAACUUCUGAGUAUGCUUGCCAUAGCUGUGGUUGAAACGUCAGGAGAGAAUGCUUCUGGAACAUGUACUAAAUUGAUAUAUGUGUGUGUUGGCUGCAUGUGGGAUCCGUGCCAUUGUAAAACUGGGGGGAAAGCAGAAAGUGAGUGAUGUGCAAUGAUGCUCGUGUGCUUCAUUAGGUUCGUAUAGAAGGCUGGUUUCCGAGAAGGUCCAAGAUGUGCUUCUUCGACGAUACCUUUUUAACCUUUGUAUGUUUCGAAGCGUAAUAAUAUGCUCAUUCCCCGAAGUCUACAGUCCGUUUUAUUCAACUCUGAAUUUGAAAUGUUUCUUCCCCUCCCCUCAUUGUUUAUUUGUAAUCAUGGAAUUCCCAUCCAUUUUACGUAAGGCUACAUUGUAUGGACGAAGCGAUUGUCCUUCAGUUUCAUAUGACUACACUUGUAGCUACCGUAAUGCAUGAAAAAAAAUUAAAUAAAUUUUAUUAUGUCUGCA